UCCUAGAGCUACCCAAUCGUGUGUGAGCAGCUAGUUUAGCGUCCCUUCGCUUACGAGAGGAACAUGGCGGAUCGGCUCACCCAGUUGCAAGACGCUGUGAACUCGCUUGCAGAUCAGUUUUGUAAUGCCAUUGGAGUGUUACAGCAGUGUGGUCCUCCUGCCUCUUUUAGUAAUAUUCAGACAUCAAUUAACAAAGAUCAGCCAGCUAAUCCUACAGAAGAAUAUGCCCAGCUCUUUGCAGCACUGAUUGCACGAACAGCAAAAGAUAUUGAUGUUUUGAUAGAUUCUUUGCCCAGUGAAGAAUCUACAGCUGCUCUACAGGCUGCUAGCUUGUAUAAGCUAGAAGAAGAAAACCAUGAAGCUGCUACCUGUCUGGAGGAUGUUGUUUAUCGAGGGGACAUGCUUCUGGAAAAGAUACAAAGUGCACUUGCUGAUAUUGCGCAGUCACAGCUGAAGACAAGAAGUGGUACCCAUAGCCAGUCUCUUUCAGACUCAUAGUAUGAGUGUAUACCUUGUGGCUGAGAAAAGAACUAUUGCAAUGCCAUUAAGGAUUCUGCAUCAGAUUUAGAUGUAAGCCUUACCAACAACAGUGACAGAAACAUUGAGCACUAUAACACAUGUUAUCUUUUUAACUAUUUUUAAUAGUCUUCUAUUUUCACUCUUGAUAAAUCAGCUUGUAAAAUUGUGAUUGAACCAACUUUAAACCAUCAUUAUACCAUAAUUUUUUAUUAUCUGAAUGAAAUUAUUGUGGCAGCUAUUGCAUUAAUGGUCAUAAUAUAAUUAAACAAAUGUACUAUCAAA